AUUUCUCAAUCUAGAAACAAUAUCAUCCACACAUAAAAAUUGAUGAAUGGUCUCCGACCGGACUGGACAUUUUUUUAAUAGCUUUGCUUGUUUAGUGUCAGGUCAGGUGCAGAACAUAUGGAGAAGAUCCUCAAUCCUUAUGAUAUGGAGUACAUGAAGAUGGCCAUGCUGAAACACGAAGAAACCUUCAAACAACAGCUUUACGAGCUUCACCGUCUGUACAAAACCCAGAAGAUUCUGAUGAAGGGCACGAGAAAGCAGAAAAGGGCGAUUAGAGAGAGCGGCGGCGGCGGCGGCGGAGACGAGAGCGAGCUGGAGCUGACUUUAGGCCCGUCGUGCUACCAUCGGAGAAGCGGGAAGAAUACGCCCUUUUCUUCUUCUUCUUCUUCGUCUUUUUCUUUUUCUUCGACGGAGGAGCUGAAAUGGGGCGUUGAUGAGUUGCCGGAAGCGUUUGACCGGAGCUUCCACGGCGGGGGGCAGAAUCGUCCGAAUGUGGAAGAUGUGCAGCAGUUCGGAUCGAACAAUUCGCCGUGGCAUUUCCAGGCUUUGAGUCUCAAUAUGACUUCUUGAUGAUGAUGAUUAUUCAAAUUCGUUUCAUUUGUCACUCGGGCGAUUGUUUUUAAUUACUGCUGCUAGUUUUUUUAACAUCUCGCCUAUGUGAGAUGGAUCUAUCCUUUUAAUGUGUUUAGCGGAAAUGAGAGAUGGAGAAUUGAAGAACAUGAAAAUAGUUUCUGAAAUCUCAUGACUUUUUUUUUGUUUUUAAUAAUACUAUUUCUACACCACACAAAUGUACCACACUUUCCACACAAAUGUACCACACUUUUCUCUUGACAUUUUAUGUUAGUGCAUGUCUAUUAGUGCUUUGUCAAGAGUAUAAAGUGAUGUACAUUUAUAGUGUACAAGUAGUACAACCCAUUUUUUUUUGGAUUGGAGUCCAAAUGACUUCCAUAUCAUUCAUGUCCAAU